AUUGAAAAAAAGGAAACAACCACAACCCAGUCCCGUCACACGUCCUUUGUCCCAGUCUGCCCCGCCUCUCGCUCCCGAUCCCUUCUCUCUCUCAAUCUCGUCAGAACAAUCAUCGCCGCCGCCGCGCCCACAGUCGUGUGCCACGAUGAACUGCCCAUCCCAUCGCCAUCGGGCGCCCGCCUCGGUCGCCGUCACGCAGCCCGUGCACGCCGCCCUUGUACGACCUGCUCGCCUCCACCACCGCAAGAGGCGUCUCUUCCAAGGCGCCGCAGCAGCAGCACCAGCAGCUGUUCGGCGAGAUCGCCGACCAGGCCAUCUCCAAGUUCCGCAAGGUGAUCUCCAUCCUCGACCGCACCGGCCACGCCCGCUUCCGCCGCGGCCCCAUCCAGUCACCGCCGGCGCCGCACCGGCCACGCCCGCUUCCGCCGCGGCCCCAUCCAGUCUCCGCCGCCGCCGCCUCCUCCAGCUCUGGUCGCUCCUCCUCCUUCCCCACCGCGCCCUCUCGCCAUCGAGCCGUCCAGGCCGGCCCCUUUGACCGUCGUGGCGCCGGUUUCGAUGGCCGCCCCGGUCCCGCAGCCGCAGAGCCUCACGCUGGACUUCACCAAGCCGAACCUGACCAUGUCGGGCGCGACGUCCGUGACGUCCACGUCCUUCUUCUCGUCGGUGACCGCCGCCGAGGGGAGCGUGUCCAAGGGCCGCAGCCUGGUGUCCGCCGGCAAGCCGCCGCUGUCCGGGCACAAGAGGAAGCCCUGCGCCGGCGCGCACUCGGAGGCCAACACCACGGGCAGCCGAUGCCACUGCUCCAAGAGAAGGAAGAACCGCGUGAAGACAACGGUGAGAGUGCCGGCGGUGAGCGCGAAGAUCGCCGACAUCCCGCCGGACGAGUACUCGUGGAGGAAGUACGGCCAGAAGCCCAUCAAGGGAUCCCCUUACCCACGAUCCAGUGAAGCGCCGCCGAUGUCUGGGCAGCAGACGAGCGCGAGCUUCGGGGGCGAGCGCGAUCUUUGGGGGCCAUAGUAUCACCGGGGAGGAGGGCAGACAUAUGAGGGGGAGGCUGCUCGCCGAGAAGAAAGCCAACCAGCUUCUCACCAGGGUACGUAACUGAUUUCCCCUUUGCAAUAUUAGCUGAUCAUUGCUUUUGUCAUUAGAAGAAAUCUUAGAUUUGGCUGUACACGGUGGACAACAUAGUUACUCAUCUUCUAAUCAGAGAUUAUUCUUGCAUAGGAUGUUCAGUCAAAAACAGAUCCAAAAUUGCUUCCAUAUUCUUCACACCCAGUCCAUUUUUAUGAAAAGCUUUCUUGCUGAACCUCUUAUAAAUGCCUCUCCUGAUAUAUGUAAGGAGUGGGUUCAAUGGUAGUAGAUUGAUUUAAACCAAGGAGAACACUGCACAUUGAGAACUAUUGGAUAUAUAAUUUUUCCCAAUGGCUUGAGAAAGAAAUCCAUAUUAGUUAUAAAUAGGAAAAAGUCCUCAUAGACAUCUGCUCCUGAUAGACAAAUGUUCCUGCACAGAAUGAUCUGAAACAUGUUCGUGUUACCUGGCAUGUCUAUAAAUUUAUGAAGAAAUACACACUUGUAUGAAGAAAUAAUUGGAUCAUUUAUGAAUAGGGUCAUGCCAGAUACAUGGAUAAUCCUUUCUCAUGAUCUAGCAGAUAUAAAUUUCUGAAACUAAGAUGGAUGAGUCUGGUAUCGGCUUAUAUUUACUGAAUUGAGAUAUGAAUGUACUGUGUCAUCGCAGAUUGUAUAGAUAUAUAAUGUCGAGGAUCAGAUGGGUAUUCUUCUACAUGGUAACAGCUGAUGCGAGAAUGUUGUUGUUUAUAAUUUAUAGUGACGAAAAGGAUGGCACUUUGAUCACAUCCAUUAUGUGGUUACUCAGUUGUAAGUUAUAGGGCAUAUUCAGUAUCAUCAGACUUGUCCUUUCUUUUGUUUAUUCAGUUGUAAGUUAUAUGGAAUAUUCAGUGUCAUCAGACUUGUACUUUCUUUUGUUUACUAAGUUGUAAGCUGUAGGGCAUAUUCAGUACCAUCAAACUUUUGUUGUUAUAGAGGUAUGAAGAAACCUAUGAAUUGUUAAGAGCACAUGAUCUUCUGCUAUUUUCCCCACCCUUUUGGCAGCCAAUGAUAUUUUCUUUAUCUCUAUGUGUAAUCCAUAUUAUUUGUGCCAAACAAAUUUCGAGUAUAUAGCCGCACCCUUAAAAUCUCACAACCAGUCCUUGGAAUGAUAAAGUUACUACUUCUAUAGGAACUUCUGUACCAGCACAUACAACUGAUUGGUGGCACACUGUCAUGUUUAUAUCAAUGAUACUUUAUGGACAGGUAAGCCAUAGAUGCUACCAUAUUUUCCAUACAAAAAGUUGCCAUCUGCGUGCCCUUCCAAGUCCUUGAAGUCCAAAACUUGUGAGCUUUCUUUCUAUAAUUUCUUGGUAUUUGCCGCUAAAUGUGUAUGGACUGAAUUUAUAUUUCAAAGUUUAUGAAAUGAUUCAGAGUAUGUUGACCCCUGAGUUCUGAAGCCUUUUGAUGUAUGUUUCUAUCCUGAAAGAAUCGAGGCUAAUUGUCCUCUAGAAGAGAAAUAACAUUGUUCAUGCUUAAACAAUAGGAAACAUCAGUACACUUCUUAUUCACCAACGAAAAAAUGUGUCUGUAAUACGCAGUUAUUAUGCAUGGGCAUGGCGUUGUUCAGGGACGUGGUUGGUGGGCAACGACCGACGGGUCCAUUCCAACACGGCAACCUUCGGGCUUGGUGGCUGCGCUGCAGGAGAUGAGUGGCUGCGGAGGUGCAUGACCAGCCGCUUCACGUCUUCCUGAAUCAUGGAGCAGUCAUCCUCUGCUCCCAGGUACCUUAGCCAUCUAUAUGCACGGGCGGUGCUUCCCCAAGCUCCCGUCGAGGCAAGGCGCUGGUGGCCUCCACCCUCCCUGGUUUUUCUUCCAAAGGUCGUCUGCUCAUCCCCGGGAUCCCCUCUCAUGUGCGCCGCGGUUUUGGAUUUGCCGACGACAUGCUUGAGGUGCAGCCUCUCCCCCUCACCCCCCUCUCUUCGUCCUGGUUUCAUGAUCUGGUCAUGAUUGGCAUCGAGGGAGUGAUGUUGGGCUGGAAGGUGAGCGAUGUUGGUAUAGAAGGAGAGGGAUCAAUUUUGGGCUUACUCUCUUGUGAAUUUCCUUUGUUGACCUUGCUCUCUUGUGAAUUUCUUCAGAUAUGUUGCCCAUAAUUCAAGCUUUGUAGAAGGCCAAAUCUUUCUAUAUGGCCUUGCUGAACCUUAUUAUUCUCUAUUGAACAUUGCAGAUGAGGAUGAAAGCUUAGUCGGUAGACUAUUUGGUACAAAAUGUGUUAGGGCCUUGCUGUGUGAAUCAGAGAGAGACAAUCAUGCUGAACUUGAGACAGUUAAUUCUUGGAACAAGUGAAUUAUUAGAAAAGUAAA